AGUCCAUGAUUAUCAGAUAACACAAAAUAACAGGUUCUCUGAGUAAAUCUAUAAUCUUUAUUCUAUUUUGUGCUCUCUGUAGUUAAAUCCAUAGUCUAUAGUUUAUGUAAUGAUCCUGUAUUGAUAAUCAAAUAUUGUUUAAGACUUUUAAAAUACUUAAUUUAAUACACAAAUUGUAUUUAACUCUUAGUCAUAAUUUUUUUUCUAAUUCUUAAGUACAAAUUUGUUAACUUGUGAUAAUUUUAUUUAUUCUUUCAAUCAUGAUUCAUAGUUUAUUUAUUAUAAAUUCUGCUUGCGAUGUUUUUAUAGAAAAACACUGGAAAAGUAUUAUUUCGCGAUCAGUUUGUGAUUACUUUUUUGACCAGCAUCGAAAAGCUAUCAAUCCAGAAGACAUUCCCCCAGUUAUAGCUACACCACAUCACUAUUUGAUUAGUAUCUAUCGAUGUGGUCUGUAUUUUGUAGCUGUUUGUAUGACAGAAGUUCCACCAUUAUUUGUCAUAGAAUUCUUACAUAGAGUAGUUGAUACGUUUGAGGAUUACUUUUCAGAAUGUUCUGAAAAUAUUGUUAAAGACAAUUAUGUUGUUGUUUAUGAACUUUUAGAUGAAAUGUUAGACAAUGGUUUUCCAUUAGCUACCGAGUCAAAUAUUCUAAAAGAGCUUAUUAAACCUCCUAACAUUCUUCGAACAAUUGCCAAUUCUGUCACAGGAAAAUCUAAUGUAAGUGCAACAUUACCCAGUGGUCAAUUAUCUAAUGUUCCAUGGAGAAGAUCAGGUGUAAAAUAUACUAAUAAUGAAGCUUACUUUGAUGUAAUAGAAGAAGUAGAUGCCAUUAUUGAUAAAGGUGGUUCCACUGUAUUUGCUGAAAUUCAAGGAUAUAUUGAUUGCAGCAUAAAACUUACCGGGAUGCCUGAUCUUUCAUUAUCAUUCAUGAACCCUCGUCUUUUUGAUGAUGUGAGCUUUCAUCCUUGUGUCCGAUUUAAAAGAUGGGAGUCUGAAAGAAUUUUAUCAUUUAUACCUCCGGAUGGUAAUUUCCGAUUAAUGUCAUAUCAUAUUGGUUCACAAGGAAUAGUUGCUAUUCCAAUUUAUAUACGACAUAUGCUUGCGUUAAAGGAAACAACUACUGGUAGUGGUCGGCUUGAUAUAACUGUUGGGCCAAAACAAACACUUGGAAGAACAAUCGAAAAUGUCAUCAUAGAGGUACCUCUGCCUAAAAGUGUGUUAAACUGUACACUUAUUCCUAACCAGGGUAAACAUUCAUUUGAUCCUGUUUCUAAAGUUUUGACUUGGGAGGUUGGGCGAAUAGAAACUGCUAAACUUCCAAAUAUAAAAGGAACUAUUAGUCUGCCUGUAAGCACAGUUGUUACAGAUUCAAACCCUGUUAUUAAUGUGAAAUUUACUAUCAAUCAAUUAGCAUUAUCUGGACUAAAGGUUAACCGUCUCGAUAUGUAUGGUGAAAAAUAUAAACCAUUUAAAGGUGUAAAAUAUAUUACAAAAGCUGGAAAAUUUCAAGUGAGGAUGUAAUAUUUACAUUAAUCUAACAAAUUGUAAUUUAUAUAUAAA